GUUAUAUUAUACUCUUACAUGCAAAAAUGUUAUACAGCAUAACAUAAGAAGAUAUUAUAACACCGAUCUCGAUGCUUUAUUAAACAGAGAAUCGCGAUAGGGAUAUUGCAAAGUAAAACAAGAAGCAAACAGCUAGAAUUGCCAUGAAGGGACUUUACUGCAAUCCAGGAGACCAGGGUGAUGUGAAGUUUGUCUCACAGGAGACGAAUGUACCCACUAUCAUUGGCGACCAUCAGGUCAAAGUUCAAGUGAAAAGCUGUGUACUAAGUCCAGUUGAUUUUAAGCUGUAUGAGGACCUCAAGCUUGAGAAAGAACAGGUCCCAGUUGGAAGGGAGAUUGCUGGGGUUGUUCUUCAAGUUGGACCCAAAGUGACGUUUUUCCAGCCAGAUGAUGAGGUUGUUGGGAUUCUCCCUCUGGAUGCUGAGCAGUCUGGCCUUUGUUCUGUUGUGGUUACUGAUGAAUAUAAUUUAGUUCAGAAGCCUGAGAAAGUGAGCUGGUUUGAAGCAGCAGCAGUAAUUAAAGACGGUCUCAGGGCUUACACUGCUCUCCACACACUGGCUCGGAUGGCUGCGGGUCAGACUGUACUGGUCCUGGAUGGGGCUGGUCCCUUUGGAGUUCUGGCCAUUCAGCUCGCCCACUAUCACGGUGUGAAAGUCCUGGCUACAGCUUUGUCUCCGGAGGACCAGAGGUUUUUGGAAGAGCUCCGGCCGAGUGUGGGUGUGCAGGAAUCACUUUUGGCUCGAGUGAUCAGAGUGUGGGACUCAAAGGAGGAUUUGGUAGACUCGUGCCUUGAAGAAACUGGAGGUCUUGGAGUGGACAUCAUCAUUGAUUCAGGAGUGAGACUCUACGAUGAGGAGCCAGAAGCACAGAGGCAUUACCCACAUAAACAUGAUCUCCUUACCCUUCUUUCAGUUGGAGGUCAUUGGGUCACCACAGAACAUCACUUACAGCUGGACCCUCCUGACAGCCACAUUCUCUUCCUGAAAGCAGCAUCUCUCUCGUUCCUUAACGACGAGGUGUGGACAACAUCCCGUGCCAAGCAGGGCCGAUAUCUUCAUAUCCUGAAAGAUGUGAUGGACAAACUCUGCACAGGGACUUUCAGGCCGCAGUUGGAGGACCCUGUGCCUUUAUAUGAAGCUACAGUCUCCAUGGAAAUGGUGCAGAGAAAGCAAACGAGGAAAAGAAUAGCUGUCAAGCUCUGAAGAGGGCUCAAAAUGUUUUCCAUAAUUCUGUAAAAUUUAGUUGUUAUAAAUCUCAUGUUUUUGUCAGUUGCACUUUUAAUGGAUUGUUGGUAUUUAAAAACAUUAAAAUUCUUUGGAAAUCA